GAUUAUUGGCCUGUAAUUAUUUAUGAAAACUCCUCACGCCUGUCUAAAACAGGAAUGAAAAAUGGCUCCUUUCCUUUACAAUUAUUAUGAUGUAAAAUCAUCCAACUACUCCACCAACUUUGUUUAUAGCUCCACAAUAUCAUCACACUAGUUCAUCUUUACUUGAAGCUUUUUCCCAGUAAUAUUUUACAAUCUGCAUAACUGCUCCAUACCAUUCUUUACUCAUCUGCCUGCAUCAACCCCUUGUCAUUUACUUCUUGCUGUACUUCUGCGUCGAUAAAAAUACUUGCUUGAAUCUAAUAUAUGUGCCUGGCAGACCUGUUUCAGCUAACAAGGUGAUCACAAGAAAAUCAUGAAGUUCAGUAAAGAGUUGAGUUCUCAGAUGGUACCUGAAUGGGAAGAAGCAUAUAUCAACUACAGUUAUCUUAAGACUAUCUUGCAAGACAUCGAUCAUUUUAAGAACAGAAAUAAACCUCCUGCAGCAGCAGUGACUACUAAUAAUCCAGCUGGGCUUAAGCGAAGGUUGACACUUUACCGGGCUUUUAGUGGCCUUAUACAGAGAUCAUCCUCCAAGAUUUCAUCACCAGGGCCCAUGCAAGAUGUCGAAAGCCAGCCAAUUCUGGUGAGCUCUGUGGAUAGAUCAGAUGGUCAAGAGGGAUUUGAGACUAGGUUUCUCAUGUCGGGAGAUGAAGGAGGAGAGUAUGAGCUUGUGUUUUUUAGAAGACUUGAUGAUGAAUUUAAUAAAGUUAAUAAGUUCUAUAAGGCCAAAGUUGCAGAGGUGAUGAAGGAGGCUGACGUGUUGAAUAAGCAGAUGAAUGCUUUGAUUGCAUUUAGGAUAAAAGUUGAUAAUCCUAAAUAUGAUUGCCCUGAUGACACGGUUGAGAUGAGUAGGAUUGCUUCGGAGGUUGAAGCUUCGUCUGAAGCUGUAGCAUUAUCAGCUUCAACUUCUACAAACAUGAGAACAACGAAAGCAGCUCACAUGGAUGUAAUAGAUGAAGAUAGAUCAAGCAGAGGGGCACUAUCAAAAGAGGAGAAUGAAGAUGACAGUGAAAUAAAACCUUUAAGCUCAAGCACUGAGGAGAAAAGCAGAAACAGACCAAUGAUCAAGUCUGAUGAAUCUUGUAGACCACCGCCACUGGAGAUACUUGACCAUGUGACUAUCAGACAACCAGUUGAAACGCCUCGAUCAACCAUAAAAGGCUUCCUUAAUGUUCCUAUUCAGAAAGAAUUGAAAUUCAGCAAGGAAAAUAUGAGCAAAAUUGAAGAACAGCUUAAAAGGGCUUUUACUGAAUUUCACAACAAGCUCCGGCUUCUUAAAAGCUACAGUUUCUUGAACCUCAGUGGUUUCUCGAAGAUAUUGAAGAAGUAUGAUAAGAUCACAUCACGAAAGGCUUCUGCGUCAUACUUGAAAAUGAUUGAUAACUCUUAUCUAGGCAAUUCUGACGAGGUUACUAAGGUUAUGGACAAGGUUGAGGCCGUAUUUAUUAAGCAUUUUUCUAAUUCACAUCGCAAGGAAGGAUUGAGGAUCCUAAGACCAACAGCUAAGAGACAGAGGCACAGAGUAACUGCAUUUUUAGGUUUUUUUGCUGGAUGCACGCUAUCUCUCAUACUCGCCCUCAUUUUGAUUAUACGUGCCCGUCGUAUUUUAGACAAACCAGGCAGACAUCGGUACAUGGUAACGCUGUUUCCCCUCUAUAGCUUGUUCGCCUUCAUCGUACUGCAUAUGCUUAUGUAUGCUGGAAACAUAUACUUCUGGAGGCGAUAUCGAGUGAAUUAUCCCUUUAUAUUUGGCUUUAAUCCAAGAACUGCACUAGGCUUCCGAGAAGUUCUUCUUCUGAGUCUAGGCCUCGCGGUCUUAGCAUUAGGCAGUGUGCUAGCAAACCUUGAUAUGGAACUAGACCCUAAAACAGGCGACUAUAAAAAAUUCACUGAGCUACUUCCUCUUUUUUUAGUUGUGUUGGUAAUUGUCAUCCUCAUCUGCCCAUUCAACAUUAUAUAUCGUCCUAGCCGCUUCUUCUUUCUCACUUGCCUGUUUCAUGCUAUUUGUGCUCCUCUGUACAAGGUUGUACUUCCGGAUUUUAUACUGGCUGAUCAGUUUACCAGUCAGGUCCAAGCUUUCAGAAGCUUUGAGUUUUAUAUCUGUUACUAUUUCUCUGGCAACUACAAACUUAGAGAUAACAGUUGCAGUAGUAAUGACGUUUACAAGACUUUCGGUUUCAUUGUAGCUACGAUUCCAUACACGUGGCGCCUUCUUCAGUGUCUCAGGCGUUUCUUUGAAGAGAAGGAUAAUAUGCAGGGAUUGAAUGGAUUGAAAUAUUUCGCGACAAUUGUAGCUGUUUCCACCAGGACUGCUUACUCUCUCGACAAAAGUAUUGCGUGGAAGGUGGUAGCCAUAAUUACCUCUGCCAUUGCAGCUGUAUCUGGCACAUACUGGGACCUUGUGUAUGACUGGGGACUCCUUGAUCAGAAGUCUAAAAACCGGUGGUUACGAGACAAGCUAUUGGUUCCACAUAAAAAUGUUUACUAUGUAGCCAUGGUGCUGAAUGUCAUACUGAGACUUGCUUGGCUUCAGACAGUGUUGGACAUCAAUUUUACUUUUCUGCACAGAGAGACUCAGAUCACAGUUGUAGCCAGCUUAGAAAUCAUUCGUCGUGGUGUCUGGAACUUCUUCAGGCUGGAAAAUGAACAGCUGAAUAAUUCGGAGAAGUAUCGUGCUUUCAAGUCGGUGCCGCUACCUUUCACGUAUGAUGAUUGAUGAGGGCUGAAAUUGAGAAGAUAAAAGUAGUUAUAUUCUUCCAAGCGCCGCUCCUUAACCAUCUUCCCGUCGUCCUCGUUGCUAUCACCAUCCAUUUCCCUUCUCUCUUCUCCGUUCACUUGUGACUUGACGAUGCAAAAACACUUCCGUUAAAAAACAUAUUUACAAAAUAUACAAAUCUAUCAAAAAUAUGCAUCUCCGUUUAUGUUCAAAUCAAAGACAAUUUGACUGUUAGAGAUUUGCUAUGAUUGAUGAUGAAAAAACACUUUAAUUAUUUUUUAA